UUUUUCACCCUUGGCGAGCCAUCAGUUUUCACCCUUGGCGAGCUACGGGACUAUAUGUACUACAAGGCCUUCGUGUUUUUUGAUACAUCCGCAAAAAGUUACCUCGUGGUGCUGAUCCACUGCCCAUUGUCCCAGCUUUCGUUCGCGAGGGUUGGGGACGAUGAGUGGACCUGGAUUCCACCACACACUUUCUACGAUGAUUGCAUCUACGUGGAUGGCCAUUUGUAUGCAUGCACAGAGGGGGAGGUACACGUGUUCGAUCUCAGUGGCCCCGUGGUCACCAUGAAGACGAUCAUUGGAAAGGCACCACAUUAUUCUUUUUGUGACAAGAUGUACAUUGUACGAGCUCCAUGGGGUGGUCUUCUGAACGUCUGGAGGUUGUACGGCAACAAUGACGAUCCGGAUGACCCGGAUGCGCGGAAUACUGGGGAAAUUAAGAUAUUUAGUAUUGAUGCCACGGAGAAAAAGCGCGUGGAGAUAAAAAACCUGGAUGGCCACGCGUUAUUUCUGGGCCUUAACCAAUCACUCUGUCUCAGCACCAAGGAAUACCGAAGUCUUAAGGAGAAUUAUACAUAUUUUGCUGAUGACAAUGAUCUCUGGCUAUUUGGAUUUAGGGAGAACCGUCGUGACGUUGGAUUGUUUGAUUUGAAAACUAAUAGCAGAGAGGAACUUGUGGCUCCUCAGCUUUGGUCCAACUUUCCGGCCCCCGUAUGGAUUACACCUAGUUUUGCAAAGAUUCUUCCUGUGUAAGAAGUAGCUUUUU